GGUUGUGAAGUAGGCUUUGCUACAGAUGAGGCUAUGAGAGCAUCAUCAAACAUUGCUUGAAGCCUCCAGUAAAAGCUGGUCUGCCCUUCAACGAUUCAGCUGCAGAACAUAUUUUUUUGCACUCAAACAAAACGCAUGCGCAUGGAGCCAACGAAUUGCAACACAGUGCAGACGGUUGUGAUUGAGGCAAGAAUCACCUGUAUUUUGGCAUUCAUGGUGACACACCCAUGGGGUCAGAGCGGCUGGAGAUGCGCAAGAGACAGAUGCGAAUGCACCAGGAAGCCGCGGCCAGUGUCCUCCAAUCACAGCACAGGAUGGGGAACAUGCCAACCAACGCCUCCAAUGCCUGUUGUUUCUGCUGGUGUUGCUGCUGCAGCUGCUCCUGUCUGACUGUUAUGACAGAGGAUGAGAGGAUUCAAAGAAGCACCUAUGAGAGGAGGGCAGAGGGAAUCGCAAACUGUGAUGACAGCCCCAAGCCUACUCUGGAGGAUGCGACAAUAUGGACCAUGUCGUUUGAGAGGCUGAUGAAGAGCCCCGCAGGGCGGGGCUGCUUCCGACAGUUCCUAAGGACAGAGUUUAGUGAAGAGAACAUUAUGUUCUGGUUGGCCUGCGAAGAGCUCAAAAAGGAGACCAACAAAACUGUGGUGGAGGAGAAAGUACGACAGAUCUAUGAGGACUUCAUUUCUAUCCUCUCCCCUAAAGAGGUGAGUUUGGACUCACAUGUUCGAGACGUGAUCAACAAGAACAUGCUGGAGCCCACGUCCCUCACGUUUGAGGACGCCCAGCAGCAAAUCUACACGCUGAUGCAGAGAGACUCAUACCCACGCUACAUGAACUCGACAGCGUAUGCCGAAUUACUGCAGGGCCUGGAAGAACCACCACCUGCCACAGAGCCAUAGACUUCCAUUCUCCGUCAAUCACUCUACACAUUGCUCUUAGAUGACAAUUGUAUAUCUUAGGUCCAGCUUUCAGUUACAGUUCACACAUUGAUUGAUCAAUAGGCUCUAUUUACAAAAAUGUCGAUAUUAAGGUGUAACUACUGUGUGCUACCUUAAAUAUUGGCUUUCCAAAAUCCUCAAAGCGAGCAGGAACAUACGCUGUAUUCCAAUUCAGAUUUCAAGAUGUUUCCAAAUAUAUUUAUAUUUUUAUAUUGCCUAGCACUUCACAUUGCACUUUUCUAUAGUUUUAUGAGGGGAAAGCAUGUUGUAUCUGUUAGCACUGCAUUUGUGUGUAGUUCUAUUGUCAGACUUAAAUAAUUUUCAGUUAUUUUUAAUGAAAUCUAAUUUCACUUAAUAUUAAGAAGACAUGGGAAAGUGCCUUGGGAUUAGAUCGUUUACCACUACACCUUCAACAUACCGUACCAGUCAAUAGUUUGGGAACACCUACUCAUUCCAUGGUUUUUCUUUAUUUUUACUAUUUUCUACAUUGUAGAAUAGUGAAGACAUCAAAACUAUGAAAUAACACAUAUAGAAUCAAGUAGUAACCAAAAAAGAGUUUAACAAAUCAAAAAAUCAAAUUUUCUACUUGAGAUUCUUCAAAGUAACCACCCUUUGCCUCGAUAACAGCUUUGUACACUCUUGGCUUUCUCUCAACCAGCUUCAUGAGGUAGUCACCUGGAAUGCAUUUCAAUUAACAGGUGUGCCUUGUUAAAAGUUAACUUAAUGCGUUUGAGACAAUCAGUUGUGUUGUGACAAGGUAGGGUUGGUAUACAGAAGAUAGCCCUAUUUGGUAAAAUGCAAAGUCAAUGCAAAGAACAGCUCAAAUAAGCAAAGAGAAACAACAGUCCAUCAUUACUUUAAGACAUGAAGGUCAGUCAAUAUGGAACAUUUCAAGAACUUUGAAAGUUUCUUCAUGUGCUGUCGCAAAACCAUCAAGUGCUAUGAUGAAACUGGCUCUCAUGAGGACCGCCACAGGAACGGAAGACCCAGAGGUAUCUCUGCUGCAUAGAAUAAGUUCAUUAGAGUUACCAGCCUCAGAAAUUGCAGCCCAAAUAAAGUCUUCACAGAGUUUAAGUAACAGACCCAUCUCAACAUCAACUGUUCAGAAGAGACUGCAUGAAUCAGGCAUUCAUGGUGGAAUUGCUCCAAAGAAACCACUGCUAAAGGACACCAAUAAGAAGAAUGGACAUUAGACCGGUGGAAAUUUGUCCAUUGGUCUGAUGAGUCCAAAUUUGAGAUUUUUGGUUCCAACCACUGUGUCUUUGUAAGACGCAGAGUAGGGGAACAGAUCUCUGCAUGUGUGGUUCCCACCGUGAAGCAUGGAGGAGGUGGUGUGAUGGUGCUUUCCUGGCAACACUGUCUGUGAUUUAUUUAGAAUUCAAGGAAAGUUUAACCAGCAUGGCUACCACAGCAUUCUGCAGCGAUACGCCAUCCCAUCUGGUUUGGGCUUAGUGGGACUAUCAUUUGUUUUUCAACAGGAAAAUGACCCAAAAUACACCUCCAGGCUGUGUCAGGGCUAUUUGAGCAAGAAGGAAAGUGAUGAAGUGCUGCAUCAGAUGACCUGGCCUCCACAAUCACCCGACCUCAACCCAACUGAGAUGGUUUGGGAUGAGUUGGACCGCAGAGUGAAGGAAAAGCAGCCAACAAGUGCUCAGCAUAUGUGGGAAGCAUUCCAGGUGAAGCUGGUUGAGAGAAUGCCAAGAGUGUGCAAAGCUGUCAAGGCGAAGGGUGGUUACUUUGAAGAAUCUAAAAUAUAUUUAGAUUUGUUUAACACUUUUUUGGUUACUACAUGAUCCCAUAUGUGUUAUUUCAUAGUUGAUGUCUUCACUACUAUUCUACAAUGUAGUAAAUAGUAAAAAUAAAGAAAAAUUAGUAGGUGUCCAAACUUUUGACUGGAACUGUAGUUUGAAUAAAAUAUCACAAAAAUGGUGCAGCAGUUGAACACACUUGAUAUUAAAUUGUGGUGCUUUCAGCUCUUCUCAAAUAAUAGUAACUUUUUAUGUACAGUGUGAGCUGAUACCUGGAAAAAGAUCUUGCCUGUGAUAUGAAUACUGUGAUGCUAAUUUAGUCCUAUUUCUCCGUCAAAACAUAAACAGGAACAUACAUGUAUGAAAUAAAUAGUAUGUGACCAUUCAUAUACUGUAUUUGUGUAUUGAAUUAACAGAAAAUGGCUUUCAAGUCUUACAAAUCGAAUAAAGCACAAUAAUUCAUA